AUGAUUCAGUUUCUAGCAAAACCCGUUACGUUAUUCGCCGCGAAACCUUCUCCGUUGGCCACUUUUGCAGCGGUUAUCGUCCUCUGCAUUCUGGGUUUCUAUUCCCUGCAUUUUCCUUACCCUUUUACCACUUCCAACAACGCCUCGCGCUUCCGCCACGUGUUCCUGUCUUCCUCGUCCAACUCCACCAUAUCUAACUACCUCCGCGCCCUCACCAUGCACCCUCACCUCGCAGGAACGAAACCCGCUUCUCUAACUGCACGCUACGUUCUCAACCACUUCAACAACCUAGGACUCCGAACCCUAACUGCCAACCACACCGCUCUCCUCUCCUACCCCGUGCGCUCUUCCCUCACCGCGCAUUUUAGCGACGGCACCAGCACUGAGUUUCGCCUCGCCGAACCGGGCGGCGAAGACGUCGUUCCGCCCUACCACGCGUACUCGCCGUCGGGUUCGGCGUGGGCGUUGGCGGUGUUCGUAAACUACGGCAGGGAGGAGGACUACCGUGCGCUGGCGGCGGCCGGGGUGGAGGUGGGAGGGUGCGUGGCGGUGGCGAGGGGCGGCGGAGGGAUGGCGCGGGGGGCGGUGGUGGAGGUGGCGGAGAGGUUUGGGGCUGUGGCGGUGUUAGUGUUCGGCGAUGGUAACACGUGGCGCGAGGGGUUUGAGCGGGGACACGUGAUGAGAGGGGGAAUAGGGGAUCCACUGAGUCCAGGGUGGGGUGGGGUUCAUGGCGGCGAGAGUUUGGGUUUGGAAGAUAGUGAGGUUUUAAAAAGGUUUCCUAAAAUUCCAUCCAUGCCCUUGUCUUUUGCAGCCGCUGAGAGGAUAUUGUCCUCUCUUGGUGGCUCUCCUCUGCCCUUGGAUUGGAGGGCUACCCUAAAGUCCUCCAAGGUUAGGAAUGUUGGUCCUGGUCCCACACUCCUCAACUUUACUUAUCAGGGAGAAAAAAAGGUGGCUACCAUUGAAAAUGUUUUUGCCAUUAUAAAGGGACUGGAGGAACCUGAUCGCUAUGUUCUGCUUGGGAACCAUAGGGAUGCAUGGACAUAUGGUGCUGUUGAUCCCAACAGUGGGACAGCUGCACUACUUGACAUUGCUCGUAGAUAUUCAAUUCUAUUGCGUUUGGGGUGGUCUCCACGUAGGACAAUCAUUCUAUGCAGUUGGGAUGCAGAGGAAUUUGGAAUGAUUGGAUCCACCGAAUGGGUUGAACAAAACCUUGUUAAUCUUGGUUCCAAAGCUGUAGCAUACCUUAAUGUAGACUGUGCUGUUCAAGGGCCUGGUUUCUUUGCUGGUUCAACUCCUCAGCUAGACAAUCUCCUUCUUCAGGUCACAAAGAAGAUCAAGGAUCCUGACUCUCUGGGUACAACAAUAUAUGAGAAUUGGGUGGCUGUUGGUGGAAACUCUAAUAUUCAAAGACUUAGUAGAGUUGAUUCUGAUUUUGCUCCAUUUUUGCAACAUGCGGGGGUUCCAUCAAUUGAUAUAUAUUAUGGAAAAGAUUUUCCUGUCUAUCACACUGCUUUCGACUCCUAUAGCUGGAUGACAGUGUCUGGAGAUCCAUUCUUUCAGCGUCAUGUGGCUGUUGCCGGAAUAUGGGGUCUUCUAGCCCUUCACCUUGCUGAUGAUUCCAUUAUACCUUUCAAUUAUCUUUCGUAUGCGGAUCAGUUAAAGGUGUACAAUAACAUAUUGAGGAACUUGUUAGACAAGGGGAUUUCUUUACAUCCACUAAAUACAUCGAUUGAAGAAUUUGCUUCUGCUGCCAAAGAUGCUAAUGAUGAAUCAAAGAAGCUGAGAUUGCAAGAAACUUCAGGUCUUUUAGUAGAUAUGAAAAUGCGAGGAUUGAAUGAUAGACUAAUGCUUGCAGAAAAAGGCUUCUUGGAUGGGGAUGGACUUCGAGGAAGGCAGUGGUUCAAGCAUCUUGUUUUUGGGCCUCCUAGCGACCAUGAAAGCAAGUUGGAUUUCUUCCCUGGAAUUGCUGACUCUAUGUCUAGGACGAUUAAAAUGAGUGAAAAAGAAAGGUUAGCAGCAAUUCAGCAUGAGAUCUGGAGAGUUGCAAGGGCCAUUCAAAGAGCUGCUUCAGCACUAAGAGGGGAAUUGACCAAAAACUAG